UUGGUAAUAUUAAUGAUCCACCCUAAGCUCUUUUCAAUAGCGCGACAUCUGCAGGGAAAAUGUAUUGCAUGAAAAAUGUUCUAAACUGUCAACCAGACAAAUAUUAGAUUCUGAAAGUUUUUAGGUGUCUUGUGAAAUAUUAAAAAAAUAACAGCAUGGGAAACGCACCAGUCAAAGAAGUAGCACAAGCAGCUGCUACCAAUGUCAUUGGCGCAACACCUCAGCCGGCUGAGAAACCCAAGUGCAAGGCAUGCUGUGCUUGUCCAGAAACCAAAAAAGUUCGCGAUGCAUGCAUUGUGGAACGUGGUGAGGAGAAUUGCACCGAUUUAAUUGAGGCGCAUAAACAAUGUAUGAGAGCGCAGGGAUUCAAUAUAUAAACAAACCAGCCAAGCUUUCAAUUCGUGUAGAUGCACAUGUUAUUACUUAAUUUAUUUUUGUCCAACUAAAAGACAACGAGUCUAGUGCGGUACUUGAAUUAAUGCCCCUACGUUUGUUAAAUCGCUUUCUAUUUGUUACUAGUCUUAUUGCGUAAUCUGUAUAAAUAAUAUAAGGAAAUUGUUAUGAGCGCAAAUUGAAUUCAUUAAAUGAUGAAAAGUA